AUGCUAUUCAUUAUAUCAUGGUUUGCUUCGAUAAAAAUUAUUUAUCACAAUGAUCAAUGUCAAUAUGUUGACAAUAGUAGUUUAUCUUACAUUAACAACAGUCUAUUGCCUAAUGUAGAAACGAUCGAUUCACGUUUAACAUUAAAUCAUUUUACGAUUCUAGGAACACAUAAUAGUUAUCAUCAAAGAAAUCUUUUCUUUCCUUAUCAACAUUCGAAUCUUGAAGUUCAACUAACAACUGGUACUAGACAAAUUGAAUUAGAUAUUCAUUUAAUGCCAAACAAUGAUGUGGUUUAUCAUUUACAAUUAUUCGAUGAUAAAACAAAUUGUUAUUGUCUGAGUGAUUGUCUAAGAAGAAUUUUUAUGUGGAGUAAACAAAACCCAAGACAUUAUCCAAUUUUUCUAUUCAUGGAAGUAAAACAAAUGUUUUAUGAAGAUCUUUUGACAGGAUUAACUGGUGGCGUUAGAUGUCAACAUCUUGAAUCAAUCAUAAAACAAAUAUUACAACUAUUCUCGAUUGAUUCAUUUAUAUUACCAGAACAAAUUCAAGGUAAUCAAAGUUCAAUCAAUUUAGCAUUGAAAAAACAGAGACAACAUCAAUUAUAUGCUCAUUAUACAUAUGAAGAUUAUGGUUGGCCACCGUUGUAUGUCUCUCUAGGAAAAAUCUUACCGAUUUUUACUAAUGAUGAACCUAAUAUAAUAGAAUUAAUCUCUACAUGUAAGCCAUUUUCAAAGUUUUUCUUUAUCCUUCAAACAAAUCUCGACUUACCAUACGCAUCAUUUAUUAGUAUUUCGAACCCGUUGAGAGAUGAACAACUGAUGAUUCAAUGUGCAAAUAAUGGUCAAAUAACUCGUGUUUUACUCAAGUAUGAUGGUGGACAACUUAUUGACAACUAUAGACAAGCUAAACAAUACGGUAUUCAUAUAAUAAGUACAGAUUCAGUUCAAUGUUCUGAUACAGAAUUAUGUCAAAGUAUAGCAAAUGAUUUUCAAAGUUAUUCGCCGAUUUUAUGUAAUACAGUUACAGCUCCAAGCUUUUGUAAUAGAACAGUACUUGUUGUUUGA